GGGCGGUGCUUAUUACUUGAAUAAAUGUGCUAAAUUCUUGUUUACUUUUACUUACAUUUAUUUUCGGUGACUUAAUGGCGAUGUCUUAAUAGAUGGCAAAUUAAAAAUACUGAAAAAUAAGACAUGUUAGUGUUGGUGGAAUUUUAAAGAACCCGCUCCGGAGCUUCCUGUUUAUGUGGCGUCGUGUCAAAGUGAUAAGCAUGGCGGACGCGGUGGACGGUUUAGAAAAAGCCAGUGCCGUUCCUCCGAUGGACAACAGUAAACUGAGAGCUUCUGCACCGAGAGAGGGGCAGUCUUCGGAAUGGAAGAGCUCUGAGCGGAAGGCCUCGGAAUACUGCGCCAAAGUGCAGGAAUGGAUGUGGCAGUGUUACUGGCAGCAACUCCAGUGGCACAGCUGGGCGGCUUUCGCCUUCACUUCGCCACCGCAUCUCUGUUAUAACUCGCAGACGUCGAACCAGGCCACGCAGGCGUCGGGAUGGCAGGGGAGCACGGGGUUGACCGACCCACGAAACUGGCCCAAUAGCACAAACCCCGUUCUCUUCCCCGGACAGGCGCCAGUGGGUACCCCAGGACAGGGAACUCCUUCAACGGCUCCAGCUUCUGCUCGACCUGCAGGGCAACAGCAUGGAAAUGCGCCUCAAGCAGGUCGCGAGUAUACCAUUCCUUCUCCACUGCAUCGGUUCAUAGCUGAGAUGGUUGACUUCUUCAUCCUUUUCUUUAUAAAGGCAGCAAUUGUUUUAAGCAUAAUGCACUUCAGUGGAAUGAAGGAUGUCUCCAAGUUUGCUAUGCAUUACAUUGUAGAAGAUAUUGAUGAAGACACCUCCAUGGAGGAGCUGCAGAAAAUGAUGAUCGUCGCCCUGAUCUAUAGAGUGCUUGUUUGUUUCUAUGAGAUAAUUUGCAUUUGGGGUGCAGGUGGAGCGACUCCUGGCAAAUUUUUGCUUGGACUUCGAGUGGUCACAUGUGACACCUCUGUGCUUGUGCGGCCGAACAGGGUGCUGGUCAUCCCAGCGUCAAAUGUCAGCAUGUCUGCGUCCACGGUCCGUGCGCUGAACAAAAACUUCUCCAUUGCCUUCUUUUUCCCUGCAUUCAUCACACUGCUGUUUUUCCAGCACAACCGGACCGUAUAUGACAUUGUCGCAGGGACAAUUGUGGUGAAACGAAAUGGAGCAAGAUGAGCAGCCAAAGAGCCCGAGCAUUUGUAAGGUUUCAUGUCCUGUGGAAGCGUCUACGUUUUUUGCAACAAGAGCAGAAGCUUUGUGUAAAGCGGCACAAAAGGAGAAGGCAUGAGCGAGGCAGAAGGAAUGUUGGGGAGGAGAUACUGAGGUCAAAAAGUAAGGGGAAGGUCCAAGUGGUUCAGACACACAACAUGCCAGACAACGGAUAUAAUCACAGUCAAAAAGUUUUAAAAAAACAAACAAAUACAGACGAGGAACCAUCGAAAUCAAAUCCAAACCUUUUGUUGCCUUUGCGGUGCCCGUGUGUAACGUAUAGGAAUGGGCAGAAGAAGGAGAUGAGCUACUUUUAUAUACAAAUAUCCAAAGUUGUGCUCUAUUUAAAACAAAAGGCAUUCUUAAUUACUACAUUUUUUUUUAAAUAAUGCAGGACAUGAGCUUUGUGUAGUUCUUUCUGCAAUUUUUGUGGAGAAGGAGAGGAAUCUUAAUGGUACAUGAUGGUAUUAUAUAAAACGGUGUGUCUGCACCUUAAAAAUUUAGAGGACACUACAGGCCAAAAAUGUUCUGACAUUUUGCUUAAUGCUUUAAAAGGACUGAAUGCACAUUUACAGAACUCGGCCCCCAAUCCCAUGUUUCCUGCUAAUCUGUUAUCCCUGCCAGUGUUUUAAUUGAUAGGGAAAAAAAGAAAAACACACAAAUACAAGAAACGUAUUUUUAUACGGCACUCUGUAGAACUCCUGGCACAGAAGGUGCGCCGGAGGAGAUUUCGAUUUUUGCUUUUGCUUUGCUCUGCUCAUGUCACUAAAGGGGUGUUGUAAUGGAAUUCUUUGCUACUCCACCCAAUAUUAACAAAUCUAUUUUUUAAUAAUAUGAACAUUUUGUUUCUGAUUACUAUGGAGAAAAAAACAAUCAAGGUAACUUAAUGUAAGUAUGCAUGUCGGAAGAAUGUGAAACACUUUAACUGCAGCUUGAUUAGGUAAGGCGGUCUUCCAGUUGUUCGCCAUAUUCUUUUUUUUUUUUUUUUAAACCUGAAUAAUGAAUGUUGGGGAAGUUUUUGCAUUUGCUUUUUAAUUUAGGCUGGUUAUUCUAAGCUGAUCGAGAAGUGUACAUAGACAAAAAUGGAACGAUGGCAUAAAAUGGUCCUUUAAAAAUGGAACUGGGUGUUUUUUGGUGGGACGUUACACUCCUGCUCAGUAAAUAAAAGUCCAUCAUAUCCGAUCUUAUUCAGCAACGCGGCGUUGUGACCCGUUUACAGAUUUGGACACGUUUGUACAGCGUUUUGCAGUUUCCUUCCAAGUUUAGUAAUAAAUUGGGUUUGCCGACACCGAUGUAAACACUAACUUGUAAAGUUGAUACGCUGCAGUCGUGGUGCGGCAUGUCUUACAUUGGACGGUGACGAUUUUGCUUCCUGGAUACUUUAGGAUGUGUCGUAUGGAUCACAAAAUGACCUUUUGAAAAUUUUCUGCCACACACCAUUUUAUUACAAUGGCCUGUUUUUGUGAUUUCCUCUCCAAUUAUAAGUGUAGUACAUCAGUGCUGCUCCAGUUGUAGUGGCACUGCAGCUCAGAUAUCACAAGUCCUGCGAAUGGGACAUUCGUGCUAAGGAUUAAAGAAGGACACACCAACCACGUAUCGACCUUCCUCUUCAUGUAAAACUGGAGAACUAAGAAGGUGAAGGAUUUGCGAUACCCGAGGCAGCUGUUUCCACAAAUUACUGAUGUCGAUAGUAGAGGCAGCGUUUCUUUUUUUUCUUGGUUGUUGGUCCACGAACCAGACACAUUAGUAAAGACGAGCGGUUCAAAGACCUGCUAGCAUAGUUGGCGGAAAUCAAAUGGAAGACAUUCAAAGGACGUUGUUGAGAAUCUUCGUGGUGACUCCAGAGCACCAAGCUCCAUCGAGCUGGUUCCCAGCAGGCUUCAAGCUUACAAAACGAACAAGUUCAACAUGUCCGUAAAGACUAUUCACACUGGGACGGCUUCUCUGCUAUCCUUGGCGCAGUCAGUGAGGAGCAGGACCUGGCAGUGGAUGGAGAAGCCGUAUCGGGUCAAGUGGAGUCCAUCCGUUGUUGGGCACUUAAACGAGACGCCAGUAGAGGCCGAGUACAAACCAGAAGUAGCAGCAAAACAUCGUUCACCCAAUUGAACUAAUGGAGUGUGUCGACGUCCCUAACCGAUUAAACACGCUAGGUUCUAUAAAAGUUCAUUUCAUGUUUCUCCCCUUUCCUUGGUGCCACAGUCAAUUUGUUUAUCACUUCCCUCAAGAAAAUGCUUGCUGUCCCGUGUGUUUACACGAUUUUUCUCAAGAGCAAGUUUGUUGCAAUGGAAUUAAUUUCCGAACGUUUUAUAAACCAAGCGGGUCAUUAAUCCGUGUUUUUUUUUUGUGUAGUACCUCCCAUUUCUUCUGUUUUAGUGUCUUUUCGCUGUUUUGCAUGAGGCGACAUUCUUGUCACAAACGCACCACGGUGGCAGUUGCUUCUGCCCGCAAGUCCAACUUUCCUGGUGCAUCUUGCAUUUGAAACGACCGCUCGGAGGAUUCGCUUUUUGUCUUUCAUUACGACGCACUCCAUCGGUGACAGAAUUUGUCGUUUUUCUUUUUUUGUGUGUGCCCUACUUCCGUUUGGAAUUUGGAGUUGUUCAGGUUCGAACUUCUUGCCGACUCGCUCCAGAGCCCUCCGUAAAGUCUGCUUCUUGUUUCAUAUGAAUUGACAAAUAAUGAAAACUAAAAGGUGGCCCCCGUCAAAUGUGCCCGAAUCGUUUUGUCCUCGCGUGAGCGGGUCACUCACUGCCUUUUAGUUAGGAUGUUCUUAUUCACUGAGCAGAAGUCGUCUGAAUGUGCGACAUUUCAAGAUGUAGCCGGGCCUCUUGUGCGCCACGAGUUCAGAAAUGUAACGCGUGUAGAAAACGAGUUUACAGUUUACAGUCUGACCAUUCGGAUUACUGAACUAGCUGGCUGGGGAGCUCUGCUAAUACUAAGGCUUCUCAUGCGGAAAGAUAACUUGGGCUGUAAAAUGACAAAGUGCUGCACUUCUCUGACAAAUGUUUACUGGGCUGGGGUGGGCUGCUUGAGUCCUUAGGGGUUUGGUCGUUAUCAUUGGCUAGCUAAUUGAUGGCUUUUAAGUUGUUUUUCUAUAAUUACAUUUCCUUUUCAGCCAAUUCUACACCCGCAGUGGCCGUCCUGGUGAGUUUUCAUGUUAAUCAGUGUUUUACGACAUGAGAAGAGUCGGUUGCGUUUUGAUGAUGAUGAUGACGACACUUAUUUAAAUGUAAAGAUGAAUGAUAUUUUAAAAAAGACAGUUUACCGUGCUGCCCUUAAAUUAAGAAAUCCAAGUUCUAGACUCAAUGUUGCAGUUUGUUUCUGCAGAAAUGUGCGUUUUUGGCUUUUUAUACAGUGGAUUCAGAAAGUAUUGAGACCUCGUCACUUCACCAGGCUGUAGAUUUUAUUUUAAAUUGAUAACAUUGCUAGUAGCCAUUAAUGACAAAGUGAAAACAGUUUUCACAGAAAGGUUUGCAAGUUUAUGAAAAAAAUCAAAAACCGAACCCCCUCAUUCAUGCGAGUAUCCAGACCCUUAAUUCAGGCACUUUGUAAAAUCCCCUCGCGCAGCCAAUUCCUCCGUGGGUGGGUCUCUAGAGGCUGUGCGCGCCUGGAUUUGGGCGGGUCCUCUCCGUCUCCAUUAGGUAAAAUGGGAAGCGCCUGUAAAGUGCCAUCUUCAGGUGUUCCCACACCUGUCCUACGGGGCUUAUGGGGGGCACUCCAGGACCCUCGGAAGGCUUGACCCAGUGCCACUCCUGCGUUGUCAUGCUCAAAGGUGCACACGCUGAAGUGGGUUUUCUACAAAGACCCCCUCAGUUUUGACCAGUCUCCGUGUCCCUACACCGCCUCACCAUAGGGGUGGGAUCAGGUAGGUGAUGAGCGGGGCCGCGUCCUCCCCAGAAGUAGCACUUGGAGUUCUGCCCAAAGAGCUCCUCAGACCAGAGCUGCUUUAUCCAAGCAGGACUUUGCCUUUCUACCCAAACUCCUCAUUUAAUGAAUGGUGGUCUUCCCAUCUCACAAGAGCACUUAGUGUGACCAUGGGGGUUCUUGGUCACCUCCCUUACAAAGGUCCUGCUGCCAAACACAAUGGCCAACUCGUGGGACUCUGAUGGUUCCAAACUUUUUUUCCCCUUUCACAAUUGGUGAGGCAGCUGUGCUCCUGGGCCCACUCAAAGCUUCACAAGUGGUUUUUGUCUCCUUGCCCUCAUCAGUUUGGUCCUGGAGGUCUCAUGGUUUGGUUUUUGUGCUGACGUGCACGUGUGCCUUUUCAAACGAUGUCAACUCGGUUUGUCCCAAAUGCACUCCGGUCUCAGUGAGAAUCAAAUCUAAGCACAAUUUGGAGUCUGAACACGUGGAUGAAGGAGAGAUUUCAGUUUCUGACUCUUAAUAAAUCUGAAAACCUUUCAGCACAUAUCUUCACCUUGUCGUUAUAGGUUGGCGAGCGCGGAUUGAUGGACGGAAAAGACAAAUGUAUCCAUUUGCAAUGAAAUCUCCAAUAGCUUGUGUGGAGAUGGAAGGGGUCCGAGUACUUCCUCAGCCCACUCUGGCCAGGCAUACUUGAAUUGAAUUAUGGAGUUACUGUCAGGUACAUUCUGCCCAAUUAAGUGAAAUCAAACAAGCUACCAUUGAGGUCCCCUAGGUCUGAUUUUGCCCAAAUUCUGAUUUAUACCAACUUUUGUGUUCAUUCACUUCUAACCUUCACUGUUGAACGACCGUAUGGAAGUAGAAAGAUGGUUUGUCAAGCUGCUCCGCUCAAAGCCUCGUCACAAGGCCUUAUUACUCCACCGUUGAGGAGAGGCAGACUUACUGCAGUCAGAGACAUUUCAAACGUGUUAUUAUUAGUUCAGGUGGGAUUGAAGGGGGGCACGGCCUCUUCAGCCCCUGUAUAUGCGACACUCCCUUUCACAUUAUCCCAUCAGUUAUGUGAGGUACAGUACUUGAGGGCGGACAGUUUUUCCGGUCCUAGCAGCUGCCCCUUAAAACCAUCUUUCUACUUUAAUGAAUAUUUGGGGUGGUUAUGGUUGGUGGCCACCCGGUGCCCGAGUCUGCAUGCGCUUGCAGCUUUAUGUUAAAAGGAGUCGAAACUGUGUGACAUCUCGAGGAAGACAUGCCUAGCAGUAUUACUGUCUCACACAGAACAUAAUCUGGUAUCUUAAUAAAUUAAAUAUUGUAAACCUUGA